GCUUCUUUUUCGUAUUAUUAACCAUUACAUAUAGAAUAAUGUACAAAAUCAAGCAUAGGCCGGUCCCCUAUUAUUAGACAGGAGAUAAUAUAGCAGGAUACUUUAGAUGUCCCGAGAUUAGAGGCAGUAAUUCUACAGUCUGGCUACAAUAUCCUUCUAAACAGAAUACAGCGCUGGCACAAUGUUGGCGAUAGAGGAGAUAUUUUGGUCAGACAGUCGAAAUCCUCAUACGAUACCUAUUGCAAUGACUCAAGCACUGUACUUUUAAUGCAUGGCAUACGUCGGCAAUUGGUAAUAAUAAUACUUAUGUCAUAUACUCAUGUUUGGCGUUUAAGUUGAUUCAGUCCAGCGUGGUUGGUAGCUCGGUGCUCUCUUCACAAACCAAACGUGCGCAUUAGGUAAUCGACAUGAGACGUCUACAAUUAUUACUCGUCCUGUAUUUAUGUGCUGGCAAAUACGCAGGUUCUCAGCUUAAAAUUAUACCAAGGAUAAGUAAUGGUUAUGCUAUAAAUUCGGGCAUGGCGCCGUGGCACGCGGGGCUGUACUUGAAGACCAAGAAUCCGUACAAGCAGAUAUGCGGCGGCACCGUGAUCACCAAGAACGUCGUCGUGACAGCCGCACAUUGUAUCAUGACGGACCCUGUUGAUGGUAUGCCCCCUGCGUCGCAAUUCGCAGUAGCGGCUGGCAAUGUAUAUCGCGAGUGGAACCAUACUGACGAUGUCGAUGCUCAACGAUCAGACGUGAGUGAAAUAAAGAUUCCACCUCGUUACCAAGGUUUCUUGGCCAAUUUCCAAGACGACAUCGCCCUUCUGAUACUCGUUAAUGAGUUUAGAUACAAUGAGUACGUGCAGGCGGCCUGUAUAAAUUUUUCUGCUGAUUUCGACGAAGAGCAACUCGAGGAAGGAAAGUUUGGAAAGGUGGUGGGUUGGGGUCUGACGAACGCGAACUCUGGGAAUUCUCGGGUGCUCCGAGCGGCCACAUUCCCGUGCGUCAAUAUCAACAAGUGCAUAGCACAGAGCCCUUUGAGCUUCAAGAGCUCCAUCACCGGAGACAAGAUCUGCGCCGGGUAUACCAACGGCACUGCUGUUUGUCGCGGCGAUAGCGGCGGCGGACUCGUCUUCCCCUCCGAGGUUAACGGGAUCGUGCGGUUCUUCCUUCGAGGCAUCGUCUCCACGGCCUUCGCUACAGAGAACAUGUGUAACAUCUACACCUGGGCCACCUUCACCCACCUGCUCCGACACGAGCACUUCGUGAAGGCCUACGUGCCUGACGUGGAAGAGUUUUGCGCACCACCAUCUGACAACGCCCAGAUCACGAUCCAGUCACGUUUCAGCGGACCAGAUCGGCGUCCAAAGAACAAUAAAUGUCCUUGUACAUGCCCAAACACAGAGUAAUUUUUCGUAGUGUGUGUACAACUGGUUUAUGUUAUUAAAGGCUAACGUUUUGUGGGAUUA